CCCCGCCGCCGCCCGCGGGGCCCCGGCGCGCCCCCCGCCGCUCUCCGAGCCGCCCGGGGGGGUGGGGGGGAGGAAAGGCCCGGACCCUCCUGCUCCCCCUCCUCCUCUCCCUCCUCCCGCCCCGGCCCCGACCCCUCCCGCCCCCGGCCCUCUCGCCCCGACCCUCCCCCGGUCCCUGCCUCGCCCCGCCGGCUUCCCACCACGGCCUCUCUCGGCGAGGAAACUCUGGCCUCCGCUUCCUCCUCCUCCGACUCGGACGCCGGCGGAGCCUCCCCGCCCCCGCGGAAGAAACCCCGAGCCUCGGCGGCGGAGGGAGCAGGAGAGCCCGGGGCUUCGGCAGGCAGAGCAGGCCUCUCCCCUCCGUCCUCGUCGUCCUCGUCCUCGUCGUCGUCCUCCUCCUCCUCCUCCUCCGUGGUGGUGGUGGUGGGACUGCCCCCGGCCGCUGCCCCCGCCGCCGCCCCCCACCGAAGUAGCGGCCACAGCCUGGUCAGCGGCAGCAUCAUGCAGGCCAACGGGGCAGGAGGAGGAGGAGGAGGCGGCGGCGGCAGCGGCGGCGGCAGCGGAGGGGGCGGCGGGGGCCAGGGACAGACCCAGGAGCUGGCCUGCCUGUCGGCCCAGAACGGGGAGUCGUCCCCCUCGUCGUCGUCGUCCGCGGGGGACCUGGCUCACGCCAACGGGCUGCUGCCUUCCGCCCCCUCCGCCGCCAGCAACAAUAGCAACAGCCUGAAUGUCAAUAACGGGGUCCCCGGCGGGGCCGCCACUGCCGCCGCCUCGGCCGCCGCCGCCGCUGCCUCCUCGGCCACCCCAGAGCUGGGCAGCAGCCUCAAGAAGAAGAAGCGGCUCUCCCAGUCCGACGAGGAUGUCAUUAGGCUAAUAGGACAGCACUUGAAUGGCUUAGGGCUCAACCAGACUGUUGAUCUCCUCAUGCAAGAGUCAGGAUGUCGUUUAGAACAUCCUUCUGCCACCAAAUUCCGAAAUCAUGUCAUGGAAGGAGACUGGGAGAAGGCAGAAAAUGACCUGAAUGAACUAAAGCCUUUAGUGCAUUCUCCUCAUGCUAUUGUGGUAAGAGGCGCACUUGAAAUCUCUCAAACGUUGUUGGGAAUAAUUGUGAGGAUGAAGUUUUUGCUGCUGCAGCAGAAGUACCUGGAGUACCUAGAGGACGGCAAGGUCCUAGAGGCCCUUCACGUUCUGCGCUGCGAGUUGACGCCCCUGAAGUACAACACGGAGCGCAUUCACGUCCUCAGCGGGUAUCUGAUGUGUAGCCAUGCAGAAGACCUACGUGCAAAAGCAGAAUGGGAAGGUAAAGGAACAGCUUCCCGAUCCAAACUAUUGGACAAACUGCAGACGUAUUUGCCACCAUCAGUGAUGCUCCCCCCCCGGCGUUUACAGACCCUGCUGCGGCAGGCGGUGGAACUACAAAGGGAUCGGUGCCUAUAUCACAAUACCAAACUUGAUAAUAAUCUAGAUUCUGUGUCUCUGCUUAUAGAUCAUGUUUGUAGUAGGAGGCAGUUCCCAUGUUAUACUCAACAGAUACUUACGGAGCAUUGUAAUGAAGUAUGGUUCUGUAAAUUUUCCAAUGAUGGCACGAAACUAGCAACAGGAUCGAAAGAUACCACAGUUAUCAUAUGGCAAGUUGAUCCGGAUACACACCUGCUAAAACUGCUCAAAACCUUAGAAGGACAUGCUUACGGCGUUUCUUACAUCGCGUGGAGUCCGGACGACAGCUACCUUGUUGCUUGUGGCCCAGAUGACUGCUCUGAGCUGUGGCUUUGGAAUGUCCAAACGGGAGAGCUAAGGACAAAAAUGAGCCAGUCUCAUGAGGACAGUUUGACGAGCGUGGCUUGGAAUCCAGAUGGGAAACGCUUCGUAACUGGAGGUCAGCGCGGCCAGUUCUACCAGUGUGAUUUAGACGGGAACCUCCUUGAUUCCUGGGAAGGGGUGAGAGUGCAAUGCCUUUGGUGCUUGAGCGACGGGAAGACUGUUCUGGCAUCAGACACACACCAGCGGAUCCGGGGGUACAACUUUGAGGACCUUACAGAUAGGAACAUAGUACAAGAAGAUCAUCCCAUUAUGUCUUUUACUAUUUCCAAGAAUGGCCGAUUAGCUUUGUUAAAUGUAGCAACUCAGGGAGUUCAUUUAUGGGACUUGCAAGACAGAGUUUUAGUAAGAAAGUAUCAAGGUGUCACACAAGGGUUUUAUACGAUCCAUUCAUGUUUCGGAGGCCAUAACGAAGACUUCAUCGCUAGUGGCAGUGAGGAUCACAAGGUUUACAUCUGGCACAAACGUAGCGAACUGCCAAUCGCGGAGCUGACAGGGCACACACGCACAGUGAACUGUGUGAGCUGGAACCCACAGAUCCCAUCCAUGAUGGCCAGCGCCUCAGACGAUGGCACUGUUAGAAUAUGGGGACCAGCACCUUUUAUAGACCACCAGAAUAUCGAAGAGGAAUGCAGUAGCAUGGAUAGUUGAUGGCGAAUGUGGAGCAGACGACUUCUGUUUAACUUAAAAUUAGUCGUAUUUUAAUGGCUUGGGAUUUGGUGCAAACAAACAUGAUUGAUAGCUGGACAGACAUGCUCGUCAUGAAAAAAGAACCAUUUCUGAAGCCCGAUUGGGGCCAAACAUUUACACCUUGCUUCAUAGUAACCAGUUGAGAUGAAGCACGUCGUUAGAACGUUGUUGGACACCAUGUUGAAUUAUCCCCCCAUCGGUUGUGAAGAACUGUGCUACAUUCAGGCUUACCCAUUGAACUCAGUAUAUAUAUUUUUUUCCCUCCUGCCUUUUGUCUGGUGGGAUACCAUUCUUGUUGCUCUUCUGUGUAAUGAAGUUUAAAUGCUUGUUUGGAAAACUUUAUUUAACAGUUUAGAAGGCUUGAUAGAAGGAGUGCAUUAGUCUGAAGAGUAUACAUUGGAUAGGAAAGAAUUUCCUUCUUUUGUUUCUCCAAAAUCUUUCCGCCUUAUUUAGCUUGAGAUCUUUGCAGCUUGGUUCAUGGAUUCUAGCCUUGCCCGUUGCGCAGUAUAUACUGAUCCAGACGAUAAACCAGUGAACUAUGUCAAAAGCACUCUCAAUAUUACAUUUGACAAAAAGUUUUGUACUUUUCACAUAGCUUGUUGCCCCGUAAAAGGGUUAACAGCACAAUUUUUUAAAAAUAAAUUAAGAAGUAUUUAUAGGAUUAAAGUGACUUCAUUUGUAUACAUUUGGAAUCUAAACCAGCUUCAAAAAGUUUCCUCUCUGAUUUAGAUAUGCAGUAUAACUGAUGCUCUUCUGGAAUCCCAUGUGAGACUUGCCCAGAAACAGUGCUUGAAGGACAUUGCCCAAGAAAUCCAGAGUCCUGCCGUGAGGUGUCCCCCCUUUUGUUUUAUUCCUGAUGGAACAUCAGUACCUGAUGUUGAAGAAAUUCAAGAUUCGAAAAGAGAAUUUUAAAUCUCUACCAACAGGAGAAAUCAGGAGUCAGCUUAGGUUCGCAGCAAAGCCCGUUCCAAGCUGUUCCUGGCUUGGGAAGGUGUUCUGGUGCAAUCCCUCGGGAGAGUGGAGAUGAGGCGUAACCACUGGGGAAGUUCCUAGUCUCCUUGAGCUUGUCAGAAGGAUUCAGCAGGUUCCAGACAGACCGCAACUGGGUUUAAAACCUCACAGUCCUUGAUCUUAAUGGCCCUUGAUAUUCUGACCUGUAGAGAUACAUAAAUUGACAGAUCACUCCUUCUCCGUUUUCCCAAUAUUGCCAUACCAAGCCUCAUUCAAACUGGUGCUGUGGGUAGUCCUUGCCUCCCCUCCCCCUUUAGUUUAAAGAACGGUCUCCUUCAAGGAAAAGCACUUUGAAUCUUGAGGAUUUCACAUUUAGAAUAAGCCAAAAGCCUGAUGUUCACAUUGUGCUUUUAAACCCCAUUAACAGCAGAAUGCAGCUGACUUGGUCUCCUUCCAGACUCCCUCCCCUUCUCUGCAGAGGCUCUGGGAAGGGGGGGGGGACCACAGCUGUUACGCUGGGAGGAGGAGUAGGAGUACCCCCAAGAUCAGAUUCUGGUGAAGAAAGGGGCUUGUACUAUGUCCCCUUUGGGGUCCAGCCACACCCGCAGUCUGUCCAGCACGAGGAAAGGCUUGGGUGUCAGGAACCCUCCCGUGGGCACGGGGCAGGGCCAGCCCCAGGGACAGGUGGGCAAGUCAAGGAGGGGAGAAGAAAGACAAACACAAUUGGCCUUAAAAUAGCACGGAUUCUCCCAAAAGCUCAUAGUAAGAGAAAGUGACAGACCGUGGUCGGCAGAUUAUUUUAUCAAAUUGGUAUGUAAAAGAUUUCUUUAAGCUCCAUUUUGCAGAGACCACCACUUAGAGAAUCAAGAAUUCCUGUUUUGAUACUUCUGAGUUACAAAUAACUAUAUGUUACAGUUUAUCUGGUUCUUCACUUUUCUUAACUCAAAUUACUUUUUACUUUGAGCUUGAAUAAAAGUCUUCAUUGGUAACUGUAUAUAAGUAAGUGGCAACUUCUCUUUACCUCAGUGCAGUUAAACCCACUCGUGUUUUCGGUGAGUCCCCAAACCCCGAAGCCAUCCCUGCAGCCAAGUCGCUACAGCAAGGUGGGCACCAACGGUGGGCAGAGCCAGUGCAGCGUGCCUGGGGCCCCACGGGCGCUCCCCGAGAGUGCUGCCUGCUCAGGGCCAGCCUGGCCCCCAUUCUGACCCGGGCUUCCCCCAGCCAGCCCCACAUCAGAGUUUUUCUGUUAAAAACACUGUAAAAAACAAAACCACAAAAAAGUGGCAUAGAGGUGAGGCACACUUCACAGAGAGUGUAACUCCUUGCCAUGGGGUGACGAGGGUGCAGGGGCCCUCAGAGUGGCUAGGGAAGAGCACGCCCGGGCUGGCCGAGGCAGUGGGCCCCCCAGGGCUGCGUGGGGACCAUGCUAAGUGAGGUCAUGGGGCAGAGACCUAGGAUCGCCUGACAGUGCUAUAGGCUGGAGAGCGAGGACGCGGGCCAGCCAGCGCAGGAGGCUAACAAAUGUAUAAGCUGAAAAGUACCAAUACUUUUUGCACAUAGAUCAAAACAGAGUGGAGAAUUGGGGCUCCAAAAAUCAGGUUAGUAGGCUCAUUUCCAUGUGCUUAAAAAUGUUUUUGUUGUCGUUCAUUGAUUGAGGGCUAGAGCAAGUAUGAAAUUAAAUGUCUUUUUCCUCCAAACAAUCAGUUAUGACUAGUACAGCGUCGGACUUGAGCAGGACUGGGGCAGGGAGGGGAUGAAGAGCCAGGGGUGAGGGUCCAGUGUGGGCGGGGGGCCGACAUAGCUUCCCUAAUUGGCUCCGUUUCUGCUACUGUCCUAGGCCAGGCCAAUGUGUCAUAUAAAACCAGGUAAGUCAUCUCAGAAGAGGAAAUGGGCAGGCGUCCCAACAGAUGGGCCCAUUUUAGUGGGUGGGAGAACAGAUGGGGUUACCUAGCUCUAAAUCCAGACAAGGUGAUGAAAGGAACCGGCUAGUUGAAAGGAAGAAAAAAAAGUCCCAGUUAUGGUCUGUGUUUUCAUCCACACCCAUACCCAGAGAGAGAGAGCGGUUUCUGUUCUUGGGCGUGUUCUCCCUCUAGAACGGCAUUCUGCGACAUUAAUAGAAAACCCUUCUUCCCCACCCCUCCCCAUCUUGAAAUUUUCUUUUUUAGGCUCUUGUUUCCUGCACACGAACUGACCCUAUCACCUCUGCUCAGUGCUAAAUAGACUGCGCAUCUCUUGAAAGGGCGCUCUGUGUGUCCGUUUCUUUGACAGCAGAAGAGUGGCUGCUUUUGAAUGGGGAGGAAAGAAGACCUUUUUCUUAAUCUCCUUUGUGUCCCAGCUCUACAGUGUACCAACAUCCCGGUUUAAUUUUCCACUAGCCUCUCAUUUAGGCUUCAGCAGCUCUCUCUCGGCCUUACUCUCCAAAAUACUACUUGCAUUUUCAAAACCAUAUCUGAUUUCCUACACACGGCUAACUUUAAGAGGUGAACCUGCAUUAUUUACACAUAGACACUUUCUAAAAACAGGGUGAAUUGAAAUUUCCAGUGUUGUUAAGCUAUUGUUCAGUAGCUGUCCUAUAGUUGCAGAAACAAAAACUAUAAAAACCCACCCCUGUCUAUUUAAUCCAGAUAGGCUGGAUUUAAUGAAACUAAUAGUAUAAAAAUGUGUGUGUGUGUGUCGUGUGUCCGUGUGGGGGAGAGAGCGUACUUAAGUCAUCAAAAGUCCUAGAAACCACUUUCUGGGUUCUGGUCAAUUUUACUAGUCUCAUGCACGUGUGAAGUUCCCUCUCUUGAGUUUAGGGUCUGCUCAAUACUGCUCUAUUUUUAUAAGAUUGAGAUGUGUUCCCAUCUUUGACUCAAGCAUUUUCAUUAUCAGGGUCAAUGUGCUAAAACCGAAUCGUAACAUUUUUAGGCACAGAUGGAAAAAAACAUGUCGUUGGCUCCUUGAAAACGUGUGUGUGUGUGUGUGUGUGUGUGUGUGUGUGUGUGUGUGUGGCGAGGGAACAGACCCACAGACGCAUGUUUGUACUUACAAACCAAGCUGGAGAGAUCAAGAAAAGAACUUACGUGCUGAUCUCAAGAUGCCUAAACUGUCCAGAUUUCCAUGGCAUUGUGGUGGAACUAGCUGACACUUAGAGCUUUUGGUCUGUAAUAACUAUUUGCUAUGGAUGGAUUCAGUGUUUCAGAGAAUUGUGUUCUUAAAUUUGGGGGGUUCUGGUAUUUUUGUUUCUUGUUUUUUUUUUUUAACUGCCUCUCAGAUUAUAUUUAGUAGUUUAAAUUUCUUCGCUUUAUUAUUUCAUUAAAGCAUAAAAACUUCAGGUCUCUGAUAUUUAUUUUCACUUGUUCUACUAAUUAUUUACAAAACACCCUGUUAACUUUUAUUUUAUAAAUGUGUAGUAUAUUAAACGUCUUUAAAAUUUUGUUCAAUUGAAACUCCAUUAACUUUGAUUUGCUUUACUGGGAUUUUUUUUUUUUUUUAAUACACCUUUUCCAUGUCCAUGCGUCGCACUUACCCAAUUGUUUGUAUCCCCUUCAGUCCAAUAAACAGAAUGAGUAAGACCUUG